AUGCCGGUUUGUAGAUAUUUCUUAGAAGGUCGUUGCAGAUUUGGUAAUUUAUGCCGGGAUGAACACGUUGGUAACGGAAAUCAACGUUAUAACCAACAACGCAACGAUAACAACAACAUAUACGAUCAAGGUGGUUCGGGAACUCAUAAUAAUAAUAACAAUAAUAAUAAUUCUAAACCUUAUGACGAAAGGAGUGUAAGAACGGAUCUAACUAAAGAUCGACCCAUAUACCGGUAUUCAGUUUAUGGUCCAGUAAAAGACGAGCCCAAUCUAAUUGAAGAAACAGACUAUUCACCAGAAGAAUUACGAUUACAAUAUUAUAUAAUUAUGGGAACGUAUGGAAAUGAUGCAUCAUAUCAAAAUGGGGUUAAAGAUCUGGAGAAUCGAAUGCAAAUGAAAGUUGAUUCUACUCUUAAAGACUUACGGUCUGCUUUAAAUACAUUCGAAUCCAAAAAACAACAAACAUCUAGUUUUGGAUCAUUUGCUACACCUAGUGCAUAUGGGUCAAAUGUACCUAGCGCAUUUGGUUCAAAUACACCGAAUACAUUUGGUUCGAAUACACCAAGUGCAUUUAAUAAUAAUCCAUCAAGUACAUAUAAUAUAAAUCCAUCAAAUUCAUUUGGUUCAAAUAUACCGAAUGCAUAUGGUUCAAAUACACCAAGUGCAUUUAAUAAUAAUCCACCUAAUGCAUUUAAUAAUAAUCCGCCUAGUGCAUUUGGUUCAAAUCAACCCAGUGCAUUUGGUUCAAAUUCAAUAGGAUUCCCACAACCUCAACCACCCUUACAAUUUGGGGCAUCCACUUUUGGUAAUAAUUCACUUGAAAGUAAUCAAAAUGCUUUUGGUUCAACAACACCAGCGGCAUUUGGAGGAGAAGGUGGUGGUGGAGAAGAGGCACCACCAUUUAUAUUUAAAAAAUAA